AUGUUGGUGUUCUUCAAAGAAGAGUGGGAGAUGGAGAGCUUGCAGACUGUCGGUAUUUUGUUGGUGGUCUGCAGCUCCCUCAGACUACUAUACUUUUUGGGCUUAAUUGAUUUUGCUGUUGGAGGUAACACUCCCAGUCAAAGCAAAAAAAGUAUUAAAGAGCGGUUCCUCAAGCUGCUGCCCUGCUGUGGGCCCAGUGCCACUCCCUCAGUCAGUCAAUGCAACAUCGAGGAUGAUUUUGAACUCUCCACUGUGUGCCAUCGGCCUGAGGGUCUGGAGAAACUACAGGAGCAAACCAAGUUCACCAAGAAAGAGCUGCAAGUGCUCUACAGGGGCUUUAAAAAUGAAUGUCCUAGUGGCAUUGUAAAUGAGGACACCUUUAAGGUUAUCUACUCCCAGUUCUUCCCACAAGGGGAUUCAAGUAUGUAUGCACAUUUCCUUUUCGAGGCUUUUGACACUAACAAGAAUGGAUCGGUUAGUUUUGAGGACUUUGUCAUUGGCCUGUCAAUCAUCCUCAGGGGGACAAUAAUUGAUCGGCUCAACUGGGCAUUCAACCUUUAUGAUCUCAAUAAAGAUGGGUGUAUCACCAAAGAGGAAAUGUUAGACAUUAUGAAAUCAAUCUAUGACAUGAUGGGGAAGUAUACAUAUCCCUGCAUGCAAGAGGACGCUCCCAGAGAGCAUGUAGAGAGCUUCUUUCAGAAAAUGGACCGUAACAAUGAUGGUGUGGUCACCAUUGAUGAGUUCAUUGAGUCAUGCCAAAAGGACGAGAACAUCAUGCAGUCCAUGCAGCUGUUUGACAACGUCAUUUAGGGCCACGCUGUGGUGGAGAGGAGAGUGUAAGAGCCUGAGAGAAGUGACUAAGACAUUCAGACUGGUCAACCAGAAGCUACUUCCUCCUCCAUGUCCCCUCUUCACCCAGCCAGAGGACUGUCAUCAUUCUGUUUCUUUCUUUCUCCCAGAGACAUAGUGGAAGAUGAUGCACCAGGGUUGGCUUCUAGAUCCACUUCAAUAACUUGUUUUUCUUACAUCCCUGAAAGCAUUAAACAUAGCUGGACUCAAGAUGAAGCCAGCUUGACACAUUUCACAUGUAACCAGAAACUUGGAGGAACAUGAAGUGAUGAUAGACGUGAAAGAAACUGACUGACCAACAUCUAGCUAGAAGAUAUGGCCGAUGGUGGUAUUUUUGUUUGUUUUGUUUUAAAUAACUGACUGAUUUUUCUUACCGCAUGAUGUCAAAUAACCUACACUAUGUAACGUACCUAUAUACCGAGCUAGUCCAAAGCUUGUCUGUUGUCAAAUGGCCAUCCACAUGUGCCUCGCUCAGACUGUGUGCUGUUGUGUGCACCAUCCAAGUCCCUCCAUUCAGCAACCAAUAGAAAUAGACACAGUCUAUGCCUGUACAUUCCAGACAGGUCAAUAGAAAGUGACUCCUUGGCCUUGAAGUCCUUAGCACUUAACAGUUUAGACUGGGGUUUUUUUUGGUAAGAGAGGUUUUGUCCUUUUCAGCCCAUGAAGCGUCUCAUUAAGUAGACGAGUUUCCCAUGUAUCGUAUAAAAACGGCAGAGUGGAGCUCUACUGCAUUAAUGCUACCCUAUGUUCUCACUGUGAACGCAUAUAAAAUAUGAAUUGUGAACUCAUUACUGCUGGUAGGAUCCACUAAUGAUAAAUUCAAUGUUUUACAUCCCUUCCAUUCCAUGUAUCUUAUUCAUAAAAAAGAAUAUUUCACCAAUUUCAGGCAGAAAUAAGGACCAGUGAUCAUAGGCAGCUCUGAAGGGUGGAGAGACCAGCAAGCUUGUCCAUGCACCGAGUGUCCCUCCAACACCAAAGACACCCACCAUGAUCCAUACUUAGAAGGGUUUUUAAUUGAAAAUAAAAAGUACAAAUAAACACUUACAGUGGGGAAUGUAAGAGGAUGGCAAUGGUAUGAAGUACCAA